UACGGAGAAGUGGAAAGGCACAGCAUGAAGCACAGCAAAUGAUGGCCGGCGACGAGGACGACGACAUCAGCCAGUCAACAUGUUCGCCGGCCGGCUAGGCGCUUCUCUCAUCGUCUGUGGACUCGGCUAUGGACAGCUUGAUAGGUGAUACUGCGUACAGUAUGCAAUCUCAACAUGGCGCGGUUUGCCCAAUAUCGCGAGGCCUCGACUUUGGUCCAGCUCUAUCAGCCCGUGAAGCUGAAGCCAGCAAGCACACCAGACCACAAGAGGAUACCGUGCGUCUUCACAUCGUCCAAGGCCCCUCCAUUGUCCUCCCAUCUUCGCAGCCAAUCAUAGUCAGUCACCAAAGGCCCAAGCACCAGAAAGGAUCAACCACCACCCCUCCACCACCUCCCGCUCGCAGCCCGUCAUCUUCGAUACCUCCGAAUGGCGCCUUUUUCCACGGCCUGGUCGGUCUUGACUGGCCCUUGACGGGUCUUAUCCCUGCACCUCUGUGGUGCUUGCGUUGAUGGCUUCUGCCUGCGAGAGCUGUCAUGCAGUGCUGGGUUGUCAAGGUUGUAUAGGUGAUGGCCCAACGGCCAGUCUGUGGUCAGAAAGUCCCCGUCCCGUUCGACGACGCGACGUGGUCAGCCUCUUUAUACCUUCAGCCAGUUGCGGUGCUGCGGGAAUCGCGAGAACUAUAUUAUUACAUGGAGGACCGGAGCCCGUCGUCGUCCUGGUUGCCCAACCCACAAGACUCUUUGUGUUUCCG